GUUGAGAAGGGAGAGAAGAUUUUUGUUCAGAAGUGCGCCCAGUGCCAUACUGUGGAAAAGGGAGGCAAGCACAAGACUGGGCCAAAUCUCCAUGGCCUGUUUGGGCGAAAGACAGGUCAGGCUGUCGGAUUCUCUUACAUAGAUGCCAACAAGAACAAAGGCAUCACCUGGGGAGAGGAGACACUGAUGGAGUAUUUGGAGAAUCCCAAGAAGUACAUCCCUGGAACAAAAACGAUCUUCGCUGGCAUUAAGAAGAAGGGAGAAAGGGCAGACUUGAUAGCUUAUCUCCAAAAAGCUACUAAUGAGUAAUAGUUGGCCACUGCCUUAUUUAUUAUGAAACAAAUGUCUCAUGACUUUUUAUGUGUACCAUAUUUAAAUUGAUCUCAUACACUAGAAUUCAGAUCAUGAAUGGCUGAUGUAAUAUUUCUGUCCUGAUUUAAAUAAGA